GAGUUCACGAAGCGGCCGACGUCGUCGGGGGUGGUUGCGUACUUCGUCGCGACGGGGCCCCGCUCCGUGGACAGAUGCGGCAGGGCAUCCAAGCCCACGGUGGAGUACUUCGACCCUGAGGGUUUGCACGACUUUUUGUUCAAUUGCCCUGGGAAAGGCGAUGGUAUCCUGCAACGCUUCAUAGAGCCCAAAGGCGAGAGGAACAGCAUGAUGCGGGCGCUCUGGUCCCCCAAGGUCUGCGUCCUGGAGCGCCGCGUCAACCGGCUGUCCCUGCGGGACACGCG